AUGGUAAACUUUUCGGCAUCUCACGACCACAAGGCAGUUCGGUCAUCUCAUUACUCUGAUCCAAACAUCUGCCAGGAUAUGGCAAAGCGUACGAAGGAGCGAUACCUACGAGCACACCACUCGAACGGACGCGUCAGCAACUGCAUAGUCUUCAACAGCAGCAACGAGAACGAGGACAACAUCAUGUCGCAUAUGGAAGACAAUAAGUCUGUCCGGGUACCCGAUGAUGCUACCCUGUUGAGCCCCAAUGGAGGUUCUCGGUACGUCGAAAGUAUCUCGAGUCCUCGAGGCAUAGAUCCCGAACGAGGCCCGGCCCGCGACAUGACGAACAUUGCCAACUUCGAGUCCCCGACCAUGCGGCCUCUGAGCAGGCGUCCUACCAUCGAGUCGAGGCGCACCACGUCGCCGCCCAAUUCCGUCAAGGCAUUUGCCAAUGCGCGCCGCAGAGGGCAGGACGUCGAAGCGCACGAUCCGAGGGCCUCCUCGCGCAGACCUCAACCCGAGGUCGAGAGCAGCAACGAGUAUGGCCAACGAGUAUCCCAACACUAUGCCAGCAGCGCUGGUCGUAGUAUCCACAGCCGCAAAGCUCUCGAUCGUGGUGCCCACGGAACCUCGUCUUCGCCCGUGCCGAAACCAAAGUCAUCAUCUAUCGAGGACCCCAAGCUCGACAACGGUCAGAAGGAUGGCUUCCACAUCGACUUUGACUAUUUGGAGACUUUGAUCGACGCUGAGAAUCGCGAUCAGUUUGGUAGUUCCGACUUUGUCAAUCUUCCGGAUAGUUCCAUCCCGGCCGUCACGCGCAUGUUUACCUCUGAUGGAGACUUUAUCGAUGUUGCAUCCCAGGCAGCUUCCAUCGCGGAAGAGAAGGAGACAGUCGCAGCAUCUCAACCGCUCCCGAGGACUGGCCAGCACGUUGAACAGAACCGCUUCAACUACUUCUCCUCGGCGCUGGAGUCGACCAUUCAUGCAGCCGAGUUUGGCGACCUCGUCCUCCCGGGCGAGAGCAUCAGGUCCCUGUUCGAGAUGCCCGAGACAGAGGCCGACGGCGUCUGGUGGCUCAACAUGAACAACCCGACCGGCAGCGAGGUCUGGACGAUUUGCCAAGCGUUUGGGAUUCAUCCUCUCACCAUUGAGGAUAUCAUCCAUCAGGAGAGCCGCGAGAAGAUUGAACUCUUCCCGCUGUACUACUUUGCCUGUUUCAGAUCGUUCAUCGUCGUUGAAGAGGAUAAUGAGAAGGAUUACCAUCCGUUCAACGUUUACGCGGUUGUCUUCAGAGAGGGGAUUCUCAGCUUCAGCUUCACUGCAAACUCGCACGCGUCGCGUGUCCGGUUCCGAAUCUCUCAACUCAAGGAACAAGUUUCUCUAAGCAGUGACUGGAUCUGCUACGCCUUGAUCGACGACGUCGUCGAUUCUUUUGGACCGGCGAUCAACGAAAUUGAGCGCGAGGCCGACGCGAUCGAGGACCAGGUAUUCAUCACGCGAGUGGACGACAACCAAGCCUUCCUCCGUAAGAUUGGCUACACCAGAAAGAAUGUGAUGAGUCUCAUGCGCCUACUCGGCGGCAAGGCAGACGUGCUCCGCGCUUUCACCAAGAGAUGCACCGAGGACUUUGACGUUACGCCACACAUGGACAUUGCCCUCUACCUCGGCGAUAUCCAAGACCAUGCGGUGACGAUGAUGAAUAGUCUGGUUCACUUUGACACCAUGCUGUCGCGUUCGCACAGCAACUACCUGGCGCAGCUGUCGAUCGACAACAUUGACAUGGGCAACCGGACAAACGACUUUUUGAGUCGGGUGACGGUCAUUGCCACCGUCAUCGUUCCUCUCAACGUUGUAUGUGGUCUAUUUGGCAUGAACGUCAAGGUCCCUUGGCAAGAUUCCGAAAAUUUGAACGCAUUCUUUGGGAUUCUGGCCGGUAUCAUUGCGUUCGCGCUGCUGUCUCUGGUUGUCGCUCGACGGUUCAAAUACCUCUGA